AUGAUGGAUAAUAUACCGUGGAGGAAAAUUGUAAGCCGAUCUGCUUAUGGGAAGCCUAUCGGCGCGUAUGAUCUUGCAAUACAGGUGAGCUCUUUUGGCAGUAUGAAUUGGAUACUAUCUAACGUUCGUCUCAGAACGAGUCGUCAUUCGGCAUCGCAGAAUUGAAGCAAUGGGUUCACACUCAAUUAGCAUUGUCUGUCACGCUUGAAGUGACACCAAAGCGUGUUGAUUUCUUAUAACGAAGGUAAAGUGUACGAAACGUUCAUAAAAUAAUGAUAAGACGCCAGGCUCGUCCACCUGGGCAGCCUCAAGGAAGUAAUUUUUAGGUUGACGGCAGUUUCCUGACCCAACACAGCAGGUUCAAACUUGCAUUCAUGACUCCAACUAAUCUACAUCCCCUCAAUCGAGACAAAUUGUUUGUGGGCUCUCGCCUUCUCCCUCCCAGAGAACAAUAAAACGAAAUUGGUUCUAGGAACACCACGGUAAAUAAACUAAACACGAAUUUGACGUCGAGACGCCUGUAAAUCAUCAACCCCAAGCCGCCAUUCAUAUCUAUCCUGCGAUUCUAUUCAUGUGUGACGGGAUAUGUGUCGUGUUGUCAUUUACUAAAUGCCACUUGGAAAUCUCUAUCACUAUCGCGUGGUACUGAGCUUCUUGCGCUAUAGAUAUAUCAACAACUGUCCCGUCUAGACAGGCGUUCUUUGGGUAUUCUUUUGCUAUUCUAUCUCCAUUUCAUUUGGCGUUUCGAGCCUGCGGCUGGCCUAAGGAAUCUCAGCAGAAUGCUUUGAGGUAGCUUCAUUUAUAUCAAAAGAACACACUUUACGUGCUCGGCCUGUUAUAGAUCUCUUUCUCACUUAGUUGGGAGAUGUAGGGCCAGAAGAUAAACGUUAAGAGCCGCCCGCUUAUUUCGUUUCCC